AUGUAUGUUCAGGCAUGCGGCAAGUUCUACUCUUCGGAAUGGAACCUUGAUCGUCACAAGCGUGAGAGCUGCCAGACGAAGGUAGUUAUUGAUGAAGGUGCCGUAUUCUUUCCCAUUCCCGAAGAAGUUACUUUGUCACUAAAAGGAAAACGAUAUAUCGUCUCGCGAAACUCCAUUUCCAACGAUUUCGGCUCUUUCCAAACCUUCUUUAGUGCUUAUAAUCUUAAAGCGACUGGUGAAAUCUCUCUUGACGUCGACGCUAAUGAUUUCCGGGCUGUCAUAAACAUAUUCAAUCAUCCUCAUACGAUUUCGGCCGUUAACAUCGAUUUGGUCACUCAUGUGUCGGACCGAUUGAAGAUUCCUGUCGUUUUCGAUCUGUGUGUCAAAUAUAUUUCCGAAGAACUUCCCAAAAUCUCGGUUAUGCAUGCCCUCCGCCUAGCGGAAGAGUACCAUCUGAAUUGUUUGAAACAGCGGCUCUUGGAUUCGAUAUCCAUUGAAGUGUUUAGAUCUCUUUCUGCCGAUCACAAUUACAAAUUGCUGGACGCAGAACUGAAAGCGGAACUGCUGGAGAAGUGGGGAACAUUCUUGUAG